AUACUGAAAACAACUAAAUUGAUUAGGGCUGAAUUGAACUGAUUAGGGCUGAACUGAAUUGUUUUUGAGAGAAGGAAAUUAAAAACUGAAAUGAAAUGAAGUGAUCAGAGCUUAGCUGAACAUAUCUGAAAUUAAGCUGAACUAAACGGAUCCUAACCGAUGAAAGAAAAAAAAAAAAAUCUAUCUAUGAAAUCACUGAAUCCACUAUGAUGUGCAACCGUAAUUAGCUUCAACAUUCGCUGACCUUUUACAUAGUAGCAGCGCCAGCCAUGGAUUGUACUUCUUCUCCAUGGAUUUCUGGAACCUUCACUCUCUCUCCUCCGAGACUCCCUCGACUUCACUCUUCUUCUUCAUCAUCUUCAGUUUUUCGAUUAUUCUGCCGCUCUCAAUUCUCUGCAAAAGACCUCAAAUUCGUCCUUCACAAUGCUCUUCAUUCUUCUGGAACUGACAUCUCUCAUGCUCAGGUUGCAAGGGAUGGCUUUAAUUCACAGAUUCGGAAUUUGUCUGAGAUUGAGAGAGAAACUAGCAUAUGUAUUAAUAGAUGUGUUGACCUGGGUAAAACAGCUCUAUAUAUUGCUGCAGAAGAUGACUCCCUCAUGUCUCACUCAUCUGUACCUCUUCCAGUUGAUGCUUUUGUGGAGAGAUUGGAUAACCUUUCUACAAGCUAUUGUCCUCAUUAUCAUUCUUCGCUAUCUUCAUCACCAGAGGAUCUCUUGGAUAGUUUAGAGAGGUACCUGUACAUCACAAAGGGUUUUCGGAGAACCACUGCAGGUUCUAACCCUUCAACAAAAGACUAUUAUCUUCACUCGGUUCUAGCACAGCGUUGUGGAUCUGUUGCUAUCCUAUCUCUGAUUUAUUCAGAGGUCCUCAAAAUGCUCCAACUUUGGGGUGUAAUAGAUUUUGAUGUUGAAAUAUAUCACCCACAUGAUUUGUCAAGUCUCCCUAGAGCCUAUAAUAAGAAGAAAGGCAAAGAAUCCGAUCAAAAACACAUAAUGACAUCAGAAUCCUUGUUGGUGGAGAUCUUGAGAGAUUUGAAGAAUACUUAUUGGCCAUUUCAGCAGAAUCAAACAGAGAGUUUGUUUCUAAGGGCAGCAAUUGCAGCUAAUUGCGUUAACAGUGGCUUUGAACAUGCAUCUGCAAAGGCUGCCCAACAUAGGCUAGAUCGUGGAGUUUGGACUAGUGUGCUUUUUGGGGACAUGAGGCGUGCAUUAUCUGCGUGUGAACGUCUAAUUCUCUUAGAAGCCAAUGCUGAGGAGUUGAGAGAUUAUGCUGUUCUUCUGUACCACUGUAGCUACUAUGAGGAGGCAUUGCAGUACCUGAAGUUCUACAAUGAAGUAAAGCAAAAAUCAGGUUCACUGAACCCAGCUGAAGAUGAUGCUGUUGAAAAACUCAUUGUUCGACUUAACCUUAUUAUGAUGGAAGAAGGGUGGAAGAGACCCUCAGCAAGUUUCUUUCGUAACAAUUCUGAGCCAUGGUAGCUUAUCUGAUACAGAUUUUAUUCCUCUGAUCAAUCGAAUAGCUAAUGUCAGACAGCCACUUGGAAAUCAAGACUACAAAAUACUUGGUGAAUGAAUUUGUCGAUCUUAAAGUGGCAACGAGCUUCAACUUCUAUGGGAGAUGAGAAAAUAUUUGCACUAACCGGAGCUCAAUAGAAGGUAAAUCUGAGCUUGUCUUGAUGAAUGUAUUUAGACUGAUUCAUCUGUCGCAUUUUGUUGGCUGUUAAGAGUAUUCUGCUUCUUUGUAAAUGUAUGAUUAUGUUUAACCGGGGUGGGAGGUUGAUAAUUGUAUAAAGUAGGAACUGUUUGUUAUUCUCAUGUCACAUUUUUCACAUGCUAUGUAUAUACCAUCAUAUCACCACCUCCCAUAUAAAAUGUACAUAACACUUGUACCUUCAUCAAAAGUAUUUUCCAGUUACAUGACA